ACCAAAUUGAGAUUUAUAAUCUUUUCAGUUAUUUGAUCUAAAUUUAUAUACUUUGCUAGAAAUUGGGAUGAGAUAUCCACAUCUUAAAUUUAUCUUUCUUUUUGGCCCCUAUCCAUUUCCAAAGUAGGAGCAAAAGAAUUUGAUCCACCAAAUAAAAUGAGCUCAUUUAUUAGAUUCUCCACAAUUCUGCUUGUCUUGCUAAGCCUUUCAAUUAUUGCCAAAUCACAGUCUCCAGAGCCUGUUUAUCUUUAUCAUGUUUGCUCAAACACAACCACUUUCGAUCCAAAUAGCACAUACCAGACCAAUCUAAAUCAACUCUUCCCUUCUCUUUCCAACAACGCAAACAACUCUAUUGGCUUCUACAACAGAUCUUCCGGGCAGGAUCCCGACGAUAUCUAUGGCUUAUUUCUCUGCCGUGGUGAUGUUAGCACCGAUGUCUGCCAAGAUUGUGUCACUUUCGCCUCUCAGGACAUUGUCAAACGUUGCCCUAUCGAGAAAGUAGCCAUAGUAUGGUACGAUGAGUGUCUCCUGCAUUAUGCAAAUCGGUCCUUAUACUCCAUCAUGGCCCAAGAACCAGGGGUGUUCUUGUUGAAUGUGCAGAAUAUAGCGGACCAAGAUCGUUUCAACAAUCUAUUGGCUACCACUAUGGGAAAAUUGGCUACUGAGGCAGCAAGUGCAGCAUCAGGAGAAAAAAAGUUCGCUGUGAAAAUAGACAAUUUUACCGCGUUUGAGAAGCUGUACAGCCUUGUGCAGUGCACGCCUGAUCUUUCCAACUUAGAUUGUGGGCGAUGUCUACAGGCAGCUAUCUCAAAUUUGCCCACUUGUUGUGAUGGGAAGCGAGGAGGAAGAGUCUUGUACCCAAGUUGCAAUAUUCGUUAUGAAGUGUAUCCAUUUUUUAACGUUACUGCACUUGAGCCGCCACCGCCAUCACCGUCGCCUGUGGUACCUCCUCCUCCUACAAGUUCAGGAACAAGACCAGAAACAAAAGGAAAAAGCGGCUUAUCAACUGUUACAAUCGUAGCCAUUGUUGCUCCAGUUGCUGUCGCUAUUGUGUUUUUCUUUCUGGGCUGCUGUUACCUAAGGACACGGGCUAGAAAGAAGUAUGAUGCUGGGCAAGAAGAUGAUGCUGGGAAUGAGAUUACAACUGUGGAGUCCUUGCAAAUUGAUCUGAAUACAAUAGAAGCUGCUACGGAUAAGUUCUCUGCUGCGAACAAGCUAGGUGAAGGUGGAUUUGGUAAGGUUUACAAGGGUACACUUCCUAAUGGGCAAGAGAUAGCUGUAAAGAAGCUAUCAAGAAGCUCUGUGCAAGGUGCACAAGAGUUUAAGAAUGAGGUUGUCUUGUUAGCCAAGCUUCAACACAGAAAUCUGGUGAGGCUACUAGGAUUUUGCUUGGAGGGAGCAGAAAAAAUACUCGUCUAUGAAUUUGUUCCCAAUAAAAGCCUGGACUACUUCCUUUUCGACGCUAAAAAGCAGGGACAACUAGACUGGCAGACACGUUACAAGAUAGUUGGAGGAAUUGCACGAGGGAUCAUUUAUCUUCACGAGGACUCUCAACUAAAAAUCAUACACCGCGAUCUUAAAGUUAGUAACAUUUUAUUAGAUAAGGAUAUGAAUCCAAAAAUUUCAGAUUUUGGUAUGGCCAGAAUUUUUGGAGUUGAUCAAACCCAAGGAAAUACUAAUAGAAUUGUUGGGACAUAUGGAUAUAUGUCUCCAGAAUAUGCAAUGCAUGGACAUUUCUCUGUCAAGUCUGACAUAUACAGCUUUGGUGUCUUAGUACUUGAAAUUAUAUGUGGGAAGAAAAAUAGUUCUUUCUAUGAAAUACAUGGCGCUAGCGAUCUUGUGAGCUAUGUCUGGACACAUUGGAAAGAUGGGACACCUAUGGAAGUGGUGGAUCCAGUCCUAAAAGAUUCAUAUUCAAGAAAUGAAGUAUUAAGAUGCAUCCAAAUAGGCUUGUUAUGUGUUCAAGAAGAUGCAACUGACAGACCUACAAUGGCAACAAUAAUGCUUAUGCUCAACAGUUUUUCUGUUACUCUACCAGUGCCUCGACAACCGGCAUUUUUUCUCCACAGUAGCUCAGAACCGACCAUGCCAAUGGAAGGAUUGCAGUCAGAUAAAUCUACUACCAAAUCAAUGCAAUGGUAUGGGAACGAGGAAUCGAUCACUCAAGUAUAUCCUCGAUAGAGAAUGUGGUCGAAUUUACGGGAAUAAAGCCACAAAAAAUGAGUACAUUAGUUUCAUCAUCAGCAUGGCUCAAGGCACAAAAAAGGCAAGGUAAUUUUAAAGAAUAAAAUUCCAAGAUUGAAGCUUGUUGGUCAGACUUUAUGCGCACGUGUUUUCCUUAAAAUUAUUCAUUCUUAAAGGAUUCAUGGAUUGUUCUACUUGAAAUUAUUUGAUUCGUAAAUGUAGUAUAUUUCUGUCACCUUCACAUUAAUAUAAGAUUUAGGAUAUACGUUGUUAGCAUAAUUCUAGAUUUUCUAACAAUUGUCUUAUUAACAUAUAGGAUUUGCUGUUUCUCCUUUGUUUUCA